AUGGCCGUUGCUCCGCCGCAGCUCGUUUUCUUCUUCGUUCUUAUAAUCGGGUUCUGUUUCGACCCGACCCAUCAGAAACCCUCGGUGUCGUUAAACACGACGAGGCUGUCGAAAUCCGGCGACUCGGUUCUGAUCAAAUGGUCCGGGGUCGACUCGCCGUCGAAGUUGGACUGGCUCGGAAUCUACUCGCCGCCGUCGUCACGCAACCACCACUUCCUCGGGUACAAGUUCCUCUCCUCCAGCCCGACAUGGCAAUCCGGGUCGGGCUCCAUUUCGCUUCCCUUGAUCAACCUCCGAUCCAACUACUCCUUCCGGAUCUUCCGCUGGUCCGAGUCCGAGGUCAAUCCCGACAAACGCGACCACGACGACAACCCCCUCCCGGGGAUCAAACACCUCCUCGCCACGUCGCCGGAGCUCGCUUUUGAAUCGGGUCGGGUCCCGGACCAGAUCCACUUAUCCUACACCGACCGCCUCGACGAGAUGCGCGUCAUGUUCGUGACCCCGGACCGCGAUCAACGCGCCGUGAAAUACGGCGCGAGAAAGGACGGACUGGAUGACGUGGCGGCCGCACGUGUGAGCCGGUACGAGCUGCAGCACAUGUGCGACUGGCCGGCGAAUCACAGCGUCGGGUGGAGAGACCCUGGGUUUGUUCACGAUGGCGUCAUGACCAAUCUCAAAAGCGGUGUCAGAUAUUAUUACAAGGUUGGGAGUGAUGAUGGAGGUUGGAGUGAAACGCACAGCUUCGUAUCGAGAAAUGGAGAUUCCGACGAGGCGGUAGCUUUCAUGUUUGGUGACAUGGGCACUACGACGCCGUACGCGACGUUUUUUCAUAUGCAAGACGAAAGUGUGGCCACCAUCAAGUGGAUUCUGCGUGACAUUGAAGCUCUCGGCGACAAGCCGGCUUUCGUGUCCCACAUUGGGGAUAUAAGCUACGCGAGAGGCUAUUCGUGGCUGUGGGAUCAUUUCUUCAAUCAGAUUGAGCCGGUUGCGACGAGGCUGCCGUAUCAUGUUUGCAUUGGGAAUCAUGAGUAUGACUGGCCGUUGCAGCCGUGGAAGCCGGAGUGGGCUAGUUCGAUUUAUGGGAAAGAUGGUGGUGGAGAGUGUGGGGUGCCGUAUAGUGUGAGGUUCAACAUGCCUGGGAACUCGUCUGAGUCAACUGGGACUAGUGCGCCCGCGACUAGGAACCUUUACUAUUCGUUUGACAUGGGGUCGGUGCAUUUUGUGUACAUUUCGACCGAGACUAAUUUUGUGACGGGAAGCAAGCAGCAUGAGUUUAUAAAGAGGGAUUUGGAGAGUGUUAAUCGGACGAAGACUCCUUUCGUGGUGGUUAGCGGACACAGGCCGAUGUACACUACAAGCAAUGAGGGAAGGGAUGCGGAGAUGAGGAGGCAGAUGAUGGAGCAUUUGGAGCCUUUGUUUGUGAACAAUAAUGUGACUCUUGCGUUAUGGGGACAUGUUCAUAGAUACGAGAGGUUUUGUCCGUUGAGUAAUUUUACUUGUGGGAGUAGAGGGCCUGUUCAUGUUGUGAUUGGGAUGGCAGGACAGGACUGGCAGCCGAUAUGGCAACCUAGAGCGGAUCACCCAACUGUCCCCAUAUUCCCACAGCCACUGAGGUCUAUGUACCGCGGUGGUGAGUUUGGGUAUACUAGGUUGGUUGCUUCGAAAGAGAAGCUUACACUUUCUUAUGUUGGAAACCAUGAUGGACAGGUGCAUGAUUCGGUGACGAUUCUGGCUUCGGGAGAGGUUCUGGGGGGUGAAGCAGGUGGUGCUGGUGUCAAUGCUCUUGGUAAUGGGAUCAAAGCUGCUGUGAAUGAUAGUGAUGGUUAUGGUGUUGCUGGAUUUGGGGGAAAAAGGCCGUCCCAAAAAAUAGUUGGAUUCCAGUGAAGAGGGAGGAGGAGGAGGAUUCAUGAGCUUAUUGGCAUUGGCACAGGGCUAUCCUGCUUACUUGUUUCACUAGCUAUGAAUCUGGGAUAAACCGGUAGGCUUUGACAUGCCUGAUAUAGAGCUGCAGUCUUUUGUAAAUAUACAGCUUUCUUGACGCAUCAGCUCUUAUGGCCAAAUUUAUGUCCUUAGAAUAUGUAUACCUUGUUUGUAUUUUUGAUACCUUAUUUCUAUUCAGAAUAAAACAUAGAUUCAUCUCUUCUUUU